AUGAACGAUUCGGACUCUGAUGACUCCGAAAACGCCAACCUCAAGAAAGAAAAUGAGGAAUUGAGAAGAGAGUUGAAAGCAUCAACAUUACAUCUAGCCACGCUGGCACACAAAGAGUACCAGGUACCCGAUGGAUCGAUUAGAGAAGAUUAUCAGAAAAUCUGUCGAGCGUUUGAGACAUGGAUUGAUUACGCGUCCUCUAACGAGUCCGGCGACUUCAGGAGUGACUUCAGAGAUGCUCUCCAGUCUGAAGAAAAGACUCAUGCAUUGAGAGCUAUUGGCAUUGAAUACCAACCUCCAGCGGCCUCGGACCCCAAACUAGACUACCUGAAGAGUUUAGACAUGCUUCAUUACUUCAUUCUGUCGCUCUUAAUUGGAAAAUACGUCUUUAAUGAAAUUUUGAGAAGGAAAUAUCCAGUUGGCGUUACCGAAUCUCAAGAGGAUACGUUGCUUGGUAUUGAGAAGGAGAUGAUUAAGAUGGGAAAAGCAAAAUCAAAGAUCAGCCAAUGGAAAGCAGAUUCGUUGACUGCGUUAUGUGCUUCCAGAGAGUACAAAGAUGAACAGUCGAAAGAAAUCUCUCAUCUACAAAAUGAUCUCGAGGAAGAAAUGUCUUUCUGGUGUGACUUCGGCGAUUCUUCAAGAUCAAAAGCUCGACUUCGAAGCGAAAUCUUGGAACCUGCUGUCAAACUUCAUUUGGAGAUGCAAUGUUCAACCCAAAGUUAUGAGAUUUUCGACGAGCCUAGGCGUAGCUCUAGCAAGGGAGAAUAUUCACAAGAUCUCGUGAAGGAAAUUUCAACGUGGAAAACAAUGACCAGUGACGGCACCGAAGAUGUUUUUCAGUGCGUUUACCCUGGCGUGAUGGUGCAAAGUAUGGAAACUGAAGAUGAGUCGGUGCUGGUAGAACCCAUUAUGGCUGUCUAUAAGAAAAACUUCUGGCCACAAGCAAAACGAUCAACGACAUCUUCCUCCAUGAAAUCCUCUUCGCGCGUAGACAAUUCGAUGAAAGGACCACGAAACUCCAAGCAUCAGAAGAUAUCAACUAGCGCUUCGAAAAAUUUGAUUGGCUAUUUUCGUAAUCCCUUUACUGGAAGUAGCGGUCGAAAGUCCGGAGAUGAUCGACAGUCUCCUGAGCGUAAGUCACCAAGAAGGCGUCGCUCACUGGAGUCAUCAUCCUCGCGGCCUAAUCGACGUGCGUCUCGAGAUACAAGUUCAAAACAAGUUCAAAUUAUAUCAUCGGGCCAUGAUCAAACAAUAAGCUAUCAGGAUUUAAGUCAGCCUCUACAAGAUUGGAAAAUGGCAGUGCACGGGUCUUCCACUACUUAUACUCGUGUAUUGACGGCUAAUCCACACGAAAACAAUGAAUAUUUCGUAGAAGUCGAGCCUGAAGAGAUGUAUACUGCAAGUCCUGAGCAAUCGAGCGUUGCUUAUUAUGGUAGAGCUAGUGUACCGGAUGAAGCGUAGAUUAGGAAGCCCACUGGAGACGAGAUAUGCCUCGUCUAAGGAUACAGCAAGGGACAGAGCAAUGUCGGAGAGGACUAGUUAAGUUCAGUACCCCCACUUUUCGGCCACCCCUCUUUUCGGCCACCUCAUAAAAUAUAUAUAUACAAUUUUAAACUUCAAUAAUUCAACAACUAUUCAACUACAAUACAAUCUUCUAUAGUAUCAGUUUCAUAUAUACUAUCGGAGUCCACUCUAUUAAUUUUAUGAUCAUCGGCUUCGAUUUGAGCCUGGUAUAACACAUUCUAAUUUGUGUUCUAAUUCCUUUAUUCGACGCUUAGACUUCAUAAUUUCAUAGUCCUUAGUAUCAAAUGCUUUUUGGAUCUUUCGAA